CAUUUGUCGAAGCCACAGUGUGAACAAUGUUUUUAGCACUCCUUGCCUUGGUGGGCCUGCUCACUGCCCUAAUUAUAUCGUAUCAGUUUCGAUACUGGACUCGUCGAGGAGUUCCCCAGCUGCAGCCAUCGUUUCCGUUCGGUAAUUUCGGUGAGUUCUUCCGUCAGCAGCAUGGGAUACCGAUGACCUACGCCAACCUAUACGCCAAAACCAAACACCUGCCGUAUGCCGGGAUUUACCUCUCGAUCCAGCCGUCGCUGCUCAUCAACGAUCCGCAGAUGGUGAAGAACAUUCUUACCCGAGAUUUUGAGCACUUUCACGACCGAGGUGUGCACGUGAAUGAAGAAACGGAUCCCUUGAGCGGGAAUCUCUUCUCGCUUGGUGGCGUCAAAUGGAAGAACCUGAGAGCUAAGUUAACCCCCACGUUCAGUUCCGGUUGCUUGAAAGCAAUGUUCCCGAUUUUGGUUCAGAAGGCAAUGCUACUGCAGAAUCGUUUCCAGAUAGAAACUUCCUCCCAAGGUGCCAUUGAGGUGAAGGAAAUGGCCACUCGAUAUACAACGGAUGUUAUUGCUUCGGUUGCGUUCGGAAUCGACAUCGAUUCCAUCAACAACAAAGAUGAGCUCUUUCACACGAUGGGAAAAAAAAUAUUCAAACAAGAUUUGCAAACUUCACUCCGAUUGGCCUUAGCAAUCUUUUUUCCACGAUUGAAAGCACUUUUGGGAUUCAACAUGGUAGCGCCGGAAAUUGAGGAUUUCAUGAUUAAUGUAGUUCAAAAAACGUUGGACCAACGCGAGCGAGACGGAGUCCCUCGGAAGGACAUGAUGCAACUGUUACUUCAGCUGCGGAACACCGGGACCGUGUCUCUCAGCGAUGAACAAUGGAAGCUGGAUGCAACGACUACCGCCAAAAACCUAACAAUCAACGAAGUAGCGGCCCAAGCGUUCGUUUUCUUCGUCGCAGGCUACGAAACGUCCUCCACGCUGAUGUCAUUCUGCCUUUUUGAGCUCGCUCGCAAUUACGAAAUUCAAGCCAAAGUUCACCAAGAAAUCGACAGCAUCCUCUCACGAUACGGAGGAGCCAUCACAUACGACAAUCUAGCGGAGAUGAAAUACCUCGAGUGCUGUCUGGAUGAAACGAUGCGAAAGCAUCCACCAGUACCGUUUCUGAAUCGUGAGUGCACCAAAGCGUAUCGCAUUCCCGGAACGGAUGUGACAAUCGACAAAGGAACGCCUGUCGUAGUGUCGGUAUUGGGAAUGCAGCGGGACUCGCAGCACUUUCCGCAACCGUACGAAUUCCAACCAGAGCGGUUCAGCAGCAGUAGCAGCGGAGAGCAAGCGUCCCAAGACAAAGCAUACUUUCCAUUCGGUGGUGGACCCAGGCUGUGCAUAGGAUUGCGAAUGGGAGUGCUGCAGACGAAGGUGGCACUGGUGGCAUUGCUCGUCAAGUUCCGGUUCAGUUUGGCCAACAAAGAGGAUUACCGCAGAGAGCUACCGUUGGACGCCAAAUCGAUGCUUAUGGCAACGCGGGAUGGAAUUCGGCUGGUGGCUGAUGCACGAUGAUGCAUGCAUUAUUUAAAUUUAUU